AUGAAUGGAAGUGACAUGUGGCCCCCAACAGACUACAUACCACCUUUGCCACCAUUGAAAAGGAAGAUGCCAGGGAGACCCAGUAUUAAGAGAAAGAGGGGCAGUACUGAGGAUAGUGGAUCACACAGAGUAUCCAAGUCAGGAAAAAAGAUUGUCUGUGGUGUUUGUAAAAAGGCAAGCCACAAUAAGUCAACCUGUGAUGCAGUGUCAAAGACCCAAAAAAGUAAGGUCAUAAAGAGGAAGGCUGAAGGUAAAGGUGAAACUAGUGCAUUGAAGAAAGUGAAGGGUGAAGCUAGUGCAUUGAAGAAAGGGAAGGGUCAAGUGCAAAGGGGAAAUGGUGUAAAUAAGGGAAAGGGUGAAGGUGAAGGUGGAAGUGGAAUUGGUUUCAAAACGGGACAAUGUGAAUAUGGGUCAACAAGUGUUGUGAAUAAGAAAAAUGGUACAAAAGAAGGUACAGUGAAGUUAAGAAAAAAUUCCGAGAGGAUAAUAAAGAAAAAGUUGACAAAAAAGGUUGAAGGCAAAAACGGUGAAGGUGAUACUUCAACCAAACCAAUGGAUUUGGAUUAA